GAACGGUCUUAUCGAGUCCACCAUGAAGAAAUGAGUGUGGUAGAGAGGUUUUGACGCUCCUACAAAUCUCAUCUCAUCCUAGAUAGGGCGUUGUCUUCUCUCCACUACCAGCAUGCCUCCUAAGCCCAAUGCCAAUUCUCCAAGCAGACAACGAGUAUCGCGCUUCGCACCCCGUCGAAGCCGUCAACACAGCGCUGCGCCUACGUAGACGUCUACGCAGCCAGGAUCCCAUUGCGGAUUCUGGAAAGAAAGGCCAGAUCGCUGCAAAAUGGAAGGACAAAAAUCAGUCGUGACAGCAAGAGAGAAAUGGAGAUAACGAGCCAAGACCUCCAAGAAGCCUGGGCCCGAGCCCUGCUCCGUUGUCGCAUUCUCCGCGCCCAAGAGAAACUAUUUUCCCUAUUCAACAAAGACAAUGGUUCUCUAAAUGAGGCGAAUAAUGAUGCUCUGGAUAUGGGUUUUGUGGUCGAGCGGACUCCAGCGGUCAGUAACAACAAACCCUCAUCACAGCUCGAUUCGGAAUCAGAAUUCGGCUACCUAGUCUCCUGGAAAAUGGCCCCCGAGCCUCGCGAAUUCUUCGAGAAAAUAUCUCAGCACGGAUACCCCUGGCGUUUGAUGUCCGGGGGACGGCACGAGCUUAGUGUCUCACAACCCUUUCCUCCCUCACGAACCGGGGAGGUAGCAUCUAUACCUGACGAUGUUAUGGGCGAGCAGUGUAUUGUCGAGGUGCGGUUUGCUUCUGCGCAUGAUUACGAGGUCGUUCCCGCGGAGGAAGAAUUGGAGGAUCAGAAGACCAUUCCUAAGUGGACGGGUAGAUUGCAUCGGGGAUACGCGAGGUUAUUGCUCGAUCAAGCCGUGAGGGAGUUGGAGGUGGAGGACAGUGAGGGUUCUCAUAGAUAAUUGCAACUCUGCAUUUUUUUAUCUUAUCUGCGUUCAUCUUGCGUUGUAUAUAUAGAGAGCCAUAACCCGACAAAAUUCAUGUGUCUGUCCCAUUUCACGGAAGAGAGUCUUGAAAUGAAUCCCCUACGAAAGGAGGGCAC